AUGGUCGAGCAAGAUAAUGGCCCUCUACAGAAAUUGCUCAAAACACAAUACGAUGCUGUCUUUCAUUUAAAGGAUGAAAACGGCAUAGAAAUAUAUCCAAUAUUCAAUGUACUGCCACCAAAAAAAGAAUAUCCAGACUACUACAUUAUAAUAAGGAACCCAGUAUCCUUAAACACUUUGAAAAAGCGAUUACCUCAUUACGCUUCACCCCAAGAUUUUGUCAACGAUUUUGCUCAAAUUUCUUGGAAUGCUAUGACAUAUAAUGCGAAGGAUUCAGUUAUUUAUAAGUAUGCCACCAUUCUUGAGUCAUUCAUUAAGAGUAAAGUCAUAGUCAAUAUAAGGAACUACUAUCCGGAGGUGAACUAUCCUUCUUUAGGUCGAAUUCCGGAAUCUUUAGGUGAUGUUAUACAACCAUCCAAUUUGUCCUUGAACCUCACCAAUAUACCGGGAAACAACGAAAGAGCUGAAUUAAAUUCAGAGAUAAAAAUGGCUUUCGCAAAACUCGAUAAUUCGAUCAUCGAAAAGAAACAAAUAAGCCAGGAUUACAGAGGGCAACAAAAAAACUCAUCGACGCUUCCAAUUCACUCUGCCUCCAUUACACCGCAGCCGCAGGUCUCACCGACUCCAGUUAUUAACUAUACAAAUGCUAGCACUGCACAUCCAAAAACUCACGUUAGACGUGGUAGACCGCCAGUCAUUGAUCUUCCCUACGUACUGAGGAUUAAGAAUAUUUUGAAGAUGAUGAGAAGAGAAGUCGAUCAAAACAAUAAGACGCUUACUCUAUAUUUUGAGAAAUUACCAGAUAGAAAUGAGGAGCCGACCUACUACUCAGUUGUAACGGACCCUAUUUGCUUAAUGGAUAUCAGGAAAAAGGUUAAAUCUAGAAAAUAUAAAAAUUUCAACAGUUUUGAGGCAGAUUUUCACUUAAUGUUAACAAAUUUCAAGCUUUAUUAUUCUCAAGAUCAAAGUAAUAUAAUACGAGCCCAACUAUUGGAGAAGAAUUUCAACAGGUUAGUGCGAAUUGAAUUAUCUAAACCUGAUGAAGAUUAUUUACCUGAGGGCGAGUUAAGAUAUCCCCUGGAUGAAGUUGAAAUAAAUGAUGAAAAGUAUCAAAUAGGUGACUGGGUUCUUUUAUCCAAUCCAAAUGACAUCAAUAAACCUAUUGUAGGUCAGAUUUUCAGGUUAUGGUCAACAACAGAUGGAAACAAAUGGUUAAAUGCCUGCUGGUAUUUUAGGCCGGAACAAACCGUUCAUCGAGUUGAUAGGCUAUUUUAUAAAAACGAAGUCAUGAAAACUGGUCAAUAUAGAGAUCAUCCUAUUCAGGACGUCAAGGGAAAGUGCUAUGUCAUCCAUUUUACUAGAUUUCAGCGUGGAGAUCCUAGCACCAAAGUCAAUGGUCCCCAAUUUGUUUGUGAAUUUCGUUAUAACGAAAGUGAUAAAGUUUUUAACAAGAUUAGGACUUGGAAAGCUUGUUUACCGGAAGAACUCCGUGACAAAGAUGAAUCAACAAUACCUGUGAAUGGCAGAAAAUUCUUCAAAUAUCCUUCCCCAAUAGCUGAUUUAUUACCACCGAACGCUACCUUAAAUGACAAAAUCCCAGAACCUACAGAGGGUGCACCUACGGCACCGCCAUUAGUAGGUGCUGUGUAUUUAGGCCCAAAAUUAGAAAGAGAUGAUUUAGGAGAAUAUUUAACGUCUGAUGACUGUCCACGGUAUAUAAUAAGACCAAAUGACCCACCAGAAGAGGGCAAGAUUGAUUACGAGACAGGGACAAUAAUUACGGAUACUUUGACGACAAGUAGUAUGCCCAAAGUAAACAGUUCUUCUACGAUACGUUUACCUACCCUAAAGCAGGCGAAAUCAAUUUCCAACUCCAAUUUUAGGUCUUCAUCAAAUACUCCACUAUUGCAUCAAAAUUUUAAUCAAACUUCUAAUCUUUUGAAAUUAGAGAAUAUGAAAAAUAACUCAGAUAGUUUAUUGUCACACUCUUCCAUUCCCAAAUUCCAAUCCCCAAAUUUAGGAGAACAGGUUAACCGUUCCAAAUACUAUAACGCAAAAAAACACACACAUGCAUCAUCAACAGCUCCCAAAAAGUCUGCAUCUAAAAGUUUUACAUUGUCCUCAAUGAUCAAUAGUUUAACUGCACAUACGUCCAAGUAUAACUUCAAUCAUAUUGUCAUCGAAGCUCCGGGUGCAUUCGUUGUCCCUAUCCCAGUGCAAAAAAAUAUAAAAACAGUACAGUCAACAGAAAGUUCCAAUAGAGUGAGUCUAAAAAAUGCUCCAAAUCUGGCCACUGCUGUUAUAGAUGGUACUAAGCAAUCCAACGAACAAAUAAUAUGGUUUAAAGGGCCUGGUGUAAAGAUAACGGAAAGGCUAAUAGAUUCCGGAAAUGAUUUAGUACGAAUACCCUUGAACAGAUGGUUCUGCAAAAAUAAAAAAAGGAAACUAGACUAUGAAGAAACCGAAGAAGAUAUCGUAGAACCAUCCAAUGACUUCAGUGAAGAUAUGAUUGCUAGUAUGUUCAAUCCUCCACCCAGCUUAAGUUUAGAUAUGGAUUUAAAUCUAAGUCCAUCUUCGAAUAAUUCUAUCAAUUUCAUGGAUAUGAGCGCAACGGCAAGCGGUCGUAAUGAAGGGAAAGAAUGCGAUACGGCAGAAGAGAGCGAAGACGAAAACGAAGAGACAGAUGACGAGCAUGAAAUGGAAGAUGUCCCCACUACUUCCGCUUUUGGCCUAAAUUCAUCUGCUGAAUACCUUGCAUUUAGAUUACGAGAACUCAAUAAAUGA